AUGGUUUAUCCCUCUUACAUUCUAGAUAAGUUGUGGCACUGGUGCUCGGGUUUACUGGUGCUGCUCCUCAAACGAUCCAAUGCAGAAAAGUUUACGCUUGGGUAUCUCACCGGCUCACAGCGACGUCCAGGAGACUAUAGUUACCAAAGACCAGGCAGAGUAAUAUCAGGUGCUAUUUCCAUGGCUGUGGAUGAAGUGAAUGAAAAGCUCUUAGGUCCAAUGGGCCAUUCUCUGGACUUCGUUGUUGCAGAAACAUACGGACAAGAAGAAGUUUCCAUUCGGCAGGUUGCCGCUUUGUGGGCAGCCAACGUGUCUGCAUUCAUCGGACCGCAAGAGACGUGUGUCCACGAAGGACGCAUGGCCGCAGCUUUCAAUUUACCUAUGGUUAGCUAUUAUUGCCGCGAUGUAGCCAGUUCAAACAAGCGGGUGUAUUCAACGUUCGCGCGUACCCGGCCCUCGGACAUCGAUAUAUCCCGUUCUGUUGUCGCCGUGCUCAAGCAUUUCAAUUUCAUGCAUGUAGCGUUCGUUUACCUGAAGGCCCCGAAUCACGACUUUUCACGCUUAGCCCUUGCAAUAAUAGCGGCCGCCAGGGAAAACCAAAUAUCAGUCCGGACAGUACAAGUAUACAGACAGCCAUAUUACUAUGAAAAUAGAAAGGAGAACUUCUCAAGAAACCCCUUUUUGGAUAUUGUUCGUGAUACGUACAAGGAGACUAGAAUUUACGUGUCGGUUGGUUAUUAUCACGAUCACAUUGGCCUGAUGUUGGCGUUGGAUGCUAUGCAGCUAUUGGAUUCAGGAGAAUAUGCAGCCAUCGGUGUGGACGUAGAUAAGUACGAACCAGAAGAAGCAGUGAGGUAUCUAUCCGGUCCAUUGAGAAAAGAGCCUGCUCCCAGAACACUGCAAGCCUUUCGUUCAUACAUGGCCGUAUCACCAUCACCUUCACCUUCCUACCCUGUAUUUGCUGCGGAGGUGAACAAACGACUGCAGAUGCCGCCAUUCAAUUUUACUAAUCCUUUGCUUGCUUUUGGAGGAGGUAAGGUGAUACCGGUGGAAGCAGCUUGGUUGCAUGAUGCAGUAUAUGUGUACACACGCGCUUUGGUUGAAGCAUUGACUAGCGGUGAAGCCCCUAGGGAUGGUAGAGCAAUUGCAGCCCGAAUGCGGAACACUACCUACCACAGCGUCAUGGGGUACUGGGUGCACAUGGAUGAGCACGGCGACGCCGAGGGCAACUACACGCUGCUGUCCAUCGACCCUUCGCGCCCACCCGGUCUCUACCCCCUUGCCGUACUCCAUAAGACUUCGCCGGAAGUGAGAUUUCUCCGGGACAUGAACUGGCCCGGCGGUCAAGCACCUCUUUCGGAGCCACCAUGCGGAUUCAGAGGAGAGAAAUGCGUUAGUCAUAUUGGAGCUUGGGCAUUGGGCGCUUCAGGGGGUACAUUAGCGUUACUAGCGCUAGCCGCUCUUGCCUUAUACCGAGGGUGGCGGUAUGAGCAAGAAUUGGAUUCAUUACUCUGGAAAAUCGACUUCCGUGAACUACACCUUCCCGACGAAGAGCAGCGAGCCAACAAACUGAGUAGAGCUGAUUUUUUCCAGCAAGAUAGCAGUGCGGGCGGUAACGUUAACUCCUCGACCAACGCUGUGGGCAACUCCGAGAAGAACGGUGGAGGUAGUACCGGUGGAGUACGGUCCAGUCAAGUAUCGCUAAGUUCCAACCCAGAUCUUGACUUCCGCUACUCGGCUAUCUUCACCGAAGUUGCAUUCUAUCGCGGACGUCUUCUAGCUGUCAAACGAGUGCGUAGACAUCAUAUCGAUAUCAACAGGGAAAUAAAGAAAGAGCUUAAAAUUAUGCGGGAUUUACAACAUGAUAACGUGAACGGGUUCGUUGGCGCGUGUAUAGAGCCGCCGAACGUAUGCGCCCUAUCCGAAUAUUGCACUAGAGGCAGUCUCAAGGAUAUUCUCGAGAAUGAAGACAUCAAGCUCGACAACAUGUUUAUCGCGUCUCUAGUUGGGGAUAUUAUUAGAGGCAUGAUAUUUAUUCAUGAGUCACCGCUACAGUUUCACGGCGCAUUGCGACCAUCAAACUGUUUAGUGGAUGCUCGUUGGGUAGUGAAAUUAGCCGAUUUUGGACUAAAAGAAUUCAGAAAAGGCGAGAUGCCUCCAACUGAACCAAACGCACUAAGGUCUCACAUAGAAAGUUUGUUAUAUCUAUCCCCGGAGUUGCUCCGAUCAGCGGGUUGGGGGAAAGACAAUACCCACACCACCGAAGAUUCUCGUGAAGGUUCGCAACAAUCAGAUGUGUACGCAUUCGCGCUCGUAUUGUAUGAGUUACAUACACGUCGUGGGCCUUUUGGUUCAGAUGCCCCGCCUACGCCAACGUUAUUGCACCGUAUAGCCAGUGCAGACCCAGCGCCAUUCAGGCCUCCUUUAGAAGCACUAGCUGGUCGUUUUGACUGUGUUCGUGAAUGCUGCUCCGAAUGUUGGGUAGAAGAUGUCGUAUCUCGUCCCGAUUUUAAAGCAGUUCGAACUCGUUUGCGGCCACUACGUAAAGGAAUGAAACCUAACAUAUUUGACAACAUGAUCGCUAUGAUGGAAAAAUACGCCAAUAAUCUGGAAGCUCUUGUAGACGAGCGGACAGAUCAACUACAGGAGGAGAAAAAGAAGACUGAGGCUUUAUUAGAGGAGAUGUUACCGGCACCUGUGGCGGAGCAAUUAAAGCGAGGUCGUCGGGUCAUGCCAGAAAAUUACGAUUCUGUGACAAUAUAUUUUAGUGAUAUUGUGGGCUUUACGGCAAUGUCAGCUGAAAGCACUCCUUUGCAAGUUGUCGAUUUUCUGAAUGAUCUGUAUACAUGUUUCGACUCAAUUUUGGAGAACUUUGACGUAUACAAAGUUGAAACUAUAGGUGACGCUUAUAUGGUGGUAUCUGGACUACCAAUCAGAAAUGGAAUUCUGCAUGCUGGUGAAGUGGCUUCGAUGGCUCUGGCGCUACUGUCCGCUACGCGAGCCUUCCGGUUGAGACAUCGUCCAGAUCAUCGGCUCAUGUUGCGUGUUGGAAUUCACUCUGGUCCAGUUUGUGCUGGAGUGGUUGGGCUCAAGAUGCCAAGGUAUUGCUUAUUUGGUGACACAGUAAACACUGCCAGCCGGUUCGAAUCGACAGGAGCUCCAUUGAAAAUCCACUGCAGCUCUGCAUGCAAGAUAUUACUGGAUCAACUGGGAGGCUAUAUCCUAGAAGAGCGUGGUAUCGUGUCUAUGAAAGGUAAGCGGGACCAAGUGACGUACUGGCUGCGCGGGGAGGAGCCGACCGCUGCUGCUGCGAGAGCGCGCCGCAGACAGGCGAGAGAUGCAGCGCCUACGCACCCCGACAAAAGAGGACAGCGGAGUUCCCUCAAGACGAAAAAUUGGAAAAACCAAGUCGGUGGACUGCACAGAUGUUGCAGUUUAGAAUCACCAAAAAAACUGCGUUUUGCUUCUGGAAAUCAUUUAGAGUCGCAUACGGAUGGUGUUUUGCAUCACCGCAGUGAUGAAUACCUCAUGGAAGUCGUUGGUGAAGGUCGGCUCGCGCCUACUCAACGCUCUGAUUUACUGGAGGCACCCAGUCUUCGACAAGAAUACACGAGCGUUUCGUGUCCCAUCAUAGAACACACAGAAAAUAACCCGCCGCCUCCCCCUCCAGCUACAGACAUACCGCUCCUCCCAAUAGAUACCAAACAAUGUGAUAUUAAACUCGUCAUCAACGGUUGCUCGUAUAAUGAAAGGGACGGUGCUGUAAUACCGUUGCUUGCGGACGUGUAA